AUGGCACACUCUAAUGGAAUCACCAACGGCGCCACCAACGGCGUCAACGGCACCGCUGACCUGGAUCUAGACGCUCUUGUCAUUGGCUGUGGAUUUGGUGGCUUGUACACUCUCUACAAGUUACGCGAAAAGGGGCUGAAUGCAGUUGCCAUUGAUGCCGCCGAUGGCUUAGGAGGCGUGUGGCACUGGAAUCGGUAUCCGGGUGCCCGCGUAGACUCUGAGGUGCCGUACUAUCAAUACAGUCUUCAUCAAGUGUGGAAGGACUGGUCAUGGAGCGAGAGAUUCCCGGCCCACGAUGAGCUUCGUCGGUACUUCAACCACGCCGCCUCUGCUCUCGAGUUAAAUGAGCACAUCAGACUUCAGCAGAACGUCGUCGAUUGUACCUGGGACAACAAAGACCUCAGGUGGACCGUCACUACCGAAUCUGGGCUCCACAUUCGAUGCAAGUAUCUCGUUGCUGCGGCGGGCUCGAGUUAUCGAAAGUACUUGCCAAAAUAUCCUGGCAUUGAGGAUUACAAAGGUACUCUGUUGCACUCUGCUGGAUUUCCCGAGGAAGACGCAUUCGACUUUCGCGGGAAGAGUGUCGCGAUCAUUGGACAAGGUGCAACCGGCGUCCAGCUCACACAGUCGGUGUCUAAGCUGGCCGACACGCUACACGUCUUUUGCCGCACGCCAAACAUGGCAUUUCCAAUGAAACAGCGGAAGAUGUCGGUCCAAGAGCAGAACCAGUACAAGGGCGCCUAUGAUCUACUCUUCAAGGCCACCAGAGCGAGCCGGAGUGGCCUCCCACACACUGCCGAAUCUAGAUCGAUGUUGAAAGUCACCGACGAGGAACGCGAAGCGCGCUGGAACGAACUAUGGGAGCGCGGAGGGUUCAACUUCUCCAUGGGUGGCUUCCGCGACUAUGUUUUCAACGAGCAGGCGAACGACCUGAUAUACAACUUCUGGAGACGAAAAGUUCAGGCCCGGAUCAAGGAUGCACGGAAAGCGGAGAUCAUGGCUCCCAAGGUCAAGCCACACCCGUUCGGCACGAAGCGACCUAGUCUAGAGCAGGACUACUACGAGUGCAUCGACCGAGAAAACGUGAAUCUCAUCAGCGUCAAGGACAAUCCUAUCGAGAGAAUCACCGCGGACGGUAUCCAAACUGCCGACGGUAAAGUACACAAGGCAGCCUAUAUUAUCAUGGCCACAGGCUACGAUGCAAUCACUGGCAGUUACACGAAUAUGGGUCUCAAGGACCGGGAUGGGGUCGACCUCAAGGAACGAUGGAAGAAUGGUGUCAAGACACACUUGGGCCUCAUGGUUCCCGGUGUUCCCAACAUGUUUAUGGUGUACAGCCCUCAAGGUAAGUUGCAUGACCUUCCGGAGGAAAGAAGAAAUCGAGCAACUGUGCUGACCCGGAGCCCUCAAGCACCGACCGCCCUGGCCAACGGGAGCACCAUUGUCGAAUGCCAGGGCGACUGGGUCGCCGACGCCAUCGAGAAGAUGCGCAGGGAACACGUCAGGACGAUCGAGGUGACGCCCGACGCGGCACAGAAAUGGGGCGACGCGAUCCAAGAGAUGAACGAGAAGACUUUGUUCCCCCUGGCUGAUUCGUGGUACAUGGGGGCGAACAUCCCCGGCAAGAAGCGAGAGCAGCUCAACUACCUCGGGGGGGUUGCCCAGUACGAGGCGGAGUGUCGCAAGGCAUUGGAGAACUGGGAUGGUUUCGUCCUCGAUGGUCGGCAGGUUGGUGAGGUCAGGGCUACCCUCUAA